CUGCUCCUCGGGGGAGGUGCGUGCGUGCGUGCGUGCGUGCGUGCGUGCGUCAUGAGAACGCGGCGCGGGUGUGUGCGCGACGAGGCUCCGAUCUUCCGGGCCCCUGACUUUACGCCACGGCCGUCGCCCGCGCGCGGCGAGCGGGGAAAAAUAGCGGAGAAAUGGCAACCCCCUUCGGUGUCCGCGCGUGGAAUAGCAAUUAUCGUCUGCGGCCGAGGAAGAGGUCCAGUUGACACUCGGGCGUGAGUGGUCGACACCGAGAAAAGCGGACGGGAGUGACGGAGACGCCGCGAACGACGCGGGGGAAGGGAGGCGAAGGAGAGAGGAGGAGUGAGGAAGAGGGAGAAGGAGGGAGAAGGAGGGCGGAACACGUGGUCCGCGAGGGAGCAGUCUGCAGGGGGCGAGGUGCGUGCGUGGCUUGGUUACGCUCCUGGCGGCGCACGUGCGUACGUGCAUAUCUCUGUGGCACGUGUGAGUGACAGAAGUCGGUGAGCGUUCGCAAGGUGAAGAGGUAAUCGAAACGACGGCGUAGUGACGCGUAUAGCGACCGCGAAUUUUAUCGCUUAUCGCGACUGUGACGCGACUGAUGUGUUCGCGAUUCUACGGAGUGUGCACACCCUUUUGCUCCAAGAUUAUUGGUGACGUGCCAUGAUGUUUCGUGAGAAUCUUUCGACAAGAACGUCGAAAUUUUGAAUUCGCGAACGAGCGAAUCCGCGAGAAUACCCGUUCCUUCUACGAGGUGAAGUUAACCGUCGGACAGCUCGCGCGAGAGUGUCGCCCUCGCGCUUCGCGCCGUCGCGCCAAGUCGGGCUACGUCCCUGACCCGCGAAGUUCGUCUGUCGACUCCGGUGGUGUUGAUUCGCGCUCCGUCCGACUCGCUCUCCUCGUCUCCCUCGCUCGUCCAAUCCCCCCCGCGCUCCCUCUCUUUCUCUCUCUCUCACGCUCUCUCGCUCGCUCGCUUUCUCUCCGUCGGACGGGUGGGAGAGUGCUGCGCGCGCGCGCGCGGGCGGGCGCACUCGCGAGGUCGCUUGUGUUUGGAACGUCGUGAACUUUUCUGCAAUAUGACGACGCGGGGGAUGAAUGGUUACUAGCGUCAUGUCGCAGCAGUGCACGCGCCUGGGAGCGGGUGGGCGACCGGUGUACGUACGAACGCCGGCCGAGGCGUCCUGAGUCGGCGACACGCACGGCCAGGCGGAGCGACGACCGUAGGAAAGAUGCCGGCGACGCGACCGCCGCACGACGACGACGACGGGCUCCUGUUGUUGUUGCCGCCGCUGUUUCACCGAGAGGACGAGCUCGCGAUCGCGCGCGGUGCGCCGCGACGUACGACCGACGACGCGGCCGCGGACUUCUGAACGAGGCGCGGCGACUGAGUGUGUGUGCCUUCCGCCGCGAAGCCGGCCGGGAACGUCCGGUGCGCGUUUCGUCUACUGGUGCGUGUUACUGGUUUAGGUUAGGUGUGCCGGCACCAUAACCUUAAAGCGCGAGUCUCCGGCACGGAGAGUCCGGAGCCCCUGAGCCCCCGCGUCCACCGUCCUGGAUUAUUAUCAUUCGCGAGAGAACGAUCGGGUACGAGCUCGCGCGCACCUCGUCCAAGUUUCGUGUCCGGACUUCUACGCGGUGGGUGAUAUCGGUGAGGUGGAAUGAGCUGGGUGACCACGGGACAAUGAAGGCCAAUGGGACAAACAAUGGCUGUAGCCGCCUGAAUACGCCAUUGGCAGCCACUACCACGCUGGAGGAUCCAGGUACACCAGCCUCCUGGAAGGGCCCGCCGCCCGGUUCGGAGGCAUCGCCCUUUACGCCCAAUUCCGUCGGCCAGGGUGGUGGUCCUGGCUCGGGUCCGUACAACAGCACGGGCGGUCCACCUAGUAAUGCGGGCUUCCAAGGGCCGAGUCCAUUUCCUGGCAGCGCCGGUAGUCCAGCCGGGGCACCGCCGUAUCAGGGCCCACCGCCCGGCUCGGCGACGCCGCAAUACACCGCCUCCCCCGCGCCGAGUGGUUCCUCGACGCCCGGUCCUGGACCGCCGCCUAAUUCCACCGGUUUUCCGCCACCCCCGAAUAAUUCCGGUCCACCGUACAAUGGGCCCGGGCCCAGUCCGUUCGGGUCACCCUCCGGUGCGCCACCGCAGUUCGUCGGCCGACCCGGCUCCUCGGGACCACCGUUCGUACCACCUGGUGCCGGUAAUCCGCAUUUUCCGUCGCACGGACAGCCAUUCGGCGGACCACAGUACGGUAUCCCACCUGGAAGCCCGUUCGGACCAGGAGGACAUCCUAUGGCUGGACCUAUGGGACCUGGACACCCGGCGAUGAUGGGACCCGGCGGUCCUGUCGAUAGGCUGGACCAAGG